UCCGGAUAGCAGCUAUAGGACCCUGGCCUUGAAACUAAGAACAAAGAGCGGGUUCACAAGCCUUGCAACAUUAUUGGCCAGACGAUGUCAGUUGCAUUCUGGGAAAUGAAGUUCCUGUGACCCGGAUAUGUCGACAGAAGAUGACGAGACUAACGUCAUACGUUGUGCUCCGGUCUGGACCUCCGUGGAACUGAACUGUUUUACAAAGCAAACUUUACCGCGUGGCGACAAUCUCUAGGCGUGUGCGACAGGCCUUCGGGUCCACUCCGAACACCAACUGAAGUUUGUACUUUUCUCACCAGUUUGCAAACUGUUCUCGAGGCUGGUGAUCAGCCACGCUCUGUAUCCAAGAGCUGAGGACAGCAUCAGCACACACUGUCUACCAGCAGACUGAGAUGGGACGAACAUCUAAGGAUAAACGGGACGUGUACUACCGCCUGGCAAAGGAGAACGGCUGGCGGGCCAGAAGCGCUUUCAAGCUCCUGCAAUUGGAUGAGGAAUUCCAACUCUUCAAAGGUGUGAAGCGAGCGGUUGACUUGUGUGCAGCCCCGGGCAGCUGGAGCCAGGUGCUGAGCCAGAAGGUUGGGGGCCAGGGUUCUGGUCAGGUGGUGGCCGUGGACUUACAGGCUAUGGCUCCACUGCCAGGUGUGAUACAGAUACAGGGCGACAUCACUCAGCUUUCCACUGCCAAGGAGAUCAUCCAGCACUUUGAGGGCUGCCCUGCUGACCUAGUAGUGUGUGACGGGGCUCCUGAUGUCACUGGCCUCCAUGAUGUGGAUGAGUACAUGCAGGCCCAGCUUCUGCUAGCUGCUCUCAACAUCGCUACUCAUGUCUUGAAGCUAGGGGGCUGCUUCGUGGCCAAGAUAUUCCGAGGCCGGGAUGUGACCCUGCUCUACAGCCAACUACGUAUCUUCUUCUCCAGUGUGCUCUGCGCUAAGCCCAAGAGCAGCCGGAACUCGAGCAUUGAAGCCUUUGCUGUGUGUCAAGGUUAUGACCCUCCUGAGGGCUUCAUUCCAGACCUGACCAGACCCCUGCUGAACCACUCAUAUGAUACAGAUUUCAACCAGUUGGAUGGUCCCACCCGUGUUAUUGUGCCCUUUGUGGCCUGUGGGGACCUCAGCGCCUACGAUUCGGACCGCACUUACUCCCUGGAUCUAGACGGUGGCUCUGAGUACAAAUAUACUCCACCCACACAGCCCCCCAUCGCACCCCCAUACCAAGAGGCCUGCAGGUUGAAGAAGAAUGGACAGCUGGCCAAGGAACUCCUCCCCCAAGAAUGCUCCAUCAACAGUGUGGACAAGUUGCCCCAGCCUCUGGCUAUCCAUACCCUGCUAGCCCCCAAGGUGGAAGACAAUGAAAUUCAUUGUUGACCUUAACACAUUAAGUAAAUGAACGUGCAAAGAGCAUCUGAAGGACUUGAAGCAUUUCGCUACUACCUGUUGAGGGGGUUAAUAAAUACUUACUGAGUGAAUAUUUUGCAGGCAUUCUGGGUUUAGAGAACCAGCAGGAAACAAAGAGCCGGGAUUUAUACAUUGUAAUUUGUAUUUGCCUGUGUGUACAAUGUACUUCAGAAACAAUGGUCUCCUAAGAUACCUGCUUAUUUUUAUACAAUAACAAAAACACCCAGGGUGUAUUUCCCACAGAGGCGCCCUGUCACUGAAAUGCAUGGCUGCACAUGUAAAAGGAAUACUGGCUAUGGAAGGUAGGAAAAAGUAGAACAAAAUGGAGGAAGUCAGAGAAUGCAGUCAGGAGUUUAGAAUUUUGAAACUCUUUUUUUCUAGCCAGGCAGGUGGGAGGCAGAGGCACCAGGAUUGCGAUUUCAAGGCCAGUCUAG